UAAGGAUGUACGCCUACCAGUACAACUGCAACGCGCUAUGGCAGCCGAAGCUGAAGCAGCUCGUGAAGCACGCGCCAAAGUUAUUGCCGCUGAAGGAGAGCAAAAAGCAUCAAAGGCACUACGCGAAGCCUCUGAAGUCAUUGGAGGUUCACCAGCAGCGCUACAAUUGCGUUACUUACAGACACUCAAUACAAUAUCGGCGGAAAAGAACUCAACAAUAGUUUUCCCAUUGCCCAUCGAUUUGAUAACUUAUUUCCUGAAGACAACCGAGGCAACGGCGCAACAAAACGCCGCGCAACAAAACGCCGUCGUAGCCAUACCACCAGCGGUGGCAGGAGUGAGCAGCCAAAAUUCACCACAGCAAUCGACAUCACCGCAAGCGGGCAUUCAAACGGCAUCUAUGUAAAAAACGAAAAACGAAAAAAUAAUUUAGGUAAUCGUUAUGGCCAGCGAAAGCAAAUGAAAUAAUAAAAAAAUGUAUGUAUGUAGUUUGCAAACGAUUUUACGGUAAACUUGAAGAAAAAAUCAAAACGUAAAUAUUUACUUAUAAGUGGAUAUACAUAAAAUUAAUUAGGCGGAUGAGCUAAGAUUGAAGAGUUGAUUUGAAAAAAAUGUUGCUUUGUGAUUUGUGAAUGUUGGAAUGUUCAAAACAUAGUAUUUAACUGCUGAGCCGAUUGGAUGAAAUGAAUUGAAAACAGUGUGCACAAAAAGUAUGCGUCUUCAGGUAGGUCAGUACAUUACAACUCGAAGAGAACUGCUCAUAAAUAUUAGUAGAAGCAACGAAAGCGUAAAACAAAAAGUAAGAAACAGACCUUGAUGAGCACCCCAUGUUGAAAUUCUUGAAACUUGCCAUAACUCUUAACAGCAGUUAAGCUUUUGUUGGAAACAGGCUAUUAGCCUCCAUACUGAAAUCGAACCAAAUAAAAUGAUUUAACUGAUUUAGCUGGUUUUGAUUACAGUAUCUUUCAACAAAAUAUUUGCAGAAUAGAGCCCAGAGGAUCUACAACCAGCAAAAAUUUGUCUUAGCCAAGUUCCGCCAAAUAUUCAUACUAAGUACUCACAAGUCCUUCUUCACUUUUGGUCCUUUUAUUGAGUUCGUGGUCGCCGCGUUUUCACUAUACACUCAUGAGCGCCAAGUCUAAGGAUGUUCUAUGAAACCAAUCAUCCAUGCAAUAGUAAUGCACAACCAAAGUGGACAUUUCGCUAAACUCUAUACCUUUUUGGUGUUUCAGUCAUCCGAAAGGCAAGGAAUGGAUACUCCAAAAAUCUGUGAGAUAUUCAGAAACUAAGAAAUCCUCACAGAGCACGCGAAACCGGGAGCUCAUAUGGCCUGUGGUCCUUUAGUUUAUUGA